AUGUCGUCAUCUACAGCGAUAAGGUCCAGUACGGCUUCCGGUUAUACUAAGAGAAAAUUGGAAUUGGUUCCUUUCAAUAGUCAAUUAGAAGUUAUUGAUAGGGCUAUUUUAGAUGAUUCCAAAAAGCUGUUGAACUCAAAUCAAUAUGCCAACGUUCAUCGCUCUGGUUACAAUAAUAAUAAUGGUAAUAAUACCAGUCAUUCACAUAAUCAAAAUCUGCAAAAUAAAUAUGCAUUAGCUGCUGUAGCCGCUGCUGCUGCUGUUCAACAACAACAGCAAAAUUAUAUGCUUCAGCAACAACAGCAACAACAACAACAGCAACAGCAACAACAACAGCAGCAACUGCAAUAUAAAGAUAUCAAUCCAUAUAUGUUCCAUACUCAGAUGGGAUUCAACAAAGAUCAAGGUGAAUUAUCCUCGUCCUCGUCAUUGUUGUCAGAAAAUAAUGCUCCAUUACCAUAUGAUUUUCAGAAUUUCAUAACAUCAAACGGAAGUAACAAUUCAGUCACCCCUACAUCUGCGCCACUCCGUCAGCUGUCAGCUAUUGAGUUGCAAACUCCGUCGCUCCAAUCACAUAUCCAACCUCAAAUCCAAAACCUAUCUCAACCUCCAAUGCCUGGUUUUAUUUUUGAUCCUAUGGCUGAUAAUAGCAAAAUUAAACCCAACUCACCAACUUCAUUGGGACCACAAACUACUGCAGAUUCUAGUAAGGCUAGUAACAAUUCCCCACCAAGAUUAUUUUUGUCCACUUCAAAUUCAGGAGCAAGUGUGGUAAAUUCGGCUAAUUCCAAUAAUCCUGUCACAACUAAUUUCUUAGAGUCACCAUCCUUAUUACCAAGUGUUAACAAUAUUUCAAACAACUGGGCAACUAAUGGCCCUAAUAGCUCUAAUACUAAUGCUAUUAAUCAUUCUUCAAUUUGGGGUGCCAAUCCUUCUACUAUGGCACCUUCAAAUUUAGGAAAUCUAGACUCAAAGUCUGAAAGUAAAAUUUCAAUUCAAAAUAAUUUUGGUGGUUCAAUGUGGUGA